AUGUCUCAGUCUCCUCCCUCGAAGAACACUACUCCUUGCUCUGAAACUGCAUCCGACUCUAGGGCUCCAAGUAUGGUAGGUGAUCAGGAUGUCGUGCUGGAUGUUGCGCCAUUGAACUCGGUCCCAGCCAUUGAUCUUGUUGGCAGUAUUCCAAGAAAGAUGCAUGCAAGAAAAUCAACUGGUGGAUCUGUUCCAGAAACGUUUUCUGCUCAGAAUAAAGAAGGGUCUGCUUAUGUCCACAAUACGAUCGCAGGUCUUGUCACAAGAAUCUUGAAUGAAGGUCACAAGGUAACAAGAAUAUCUGUUCCUUUAGCCCAAGUUCCUGCCCCUGAGAACAGCAAAGAUGAUCAAGUUGAUGCUAGCAAAGAUCAUGUUGAUGUUGAGACAUCUGAAGCCAACAAUGAUGAGGGUUCUGAUGCUAAAAAUGUUGAUGCAUCUGGAGAUAAAGAUGCUGAGAUUCUUGAAGCGGAGAAAGCUGAAGAGGUCAAUGCUACUUCUCCUAAGGAGAAACCUACUUGCCCUAUUGACAGUGUAAAUGAUGUGGUGGAUCUGGAUAAUCUUGAUGAUCCUAUUGACAUUGCUGAUGAUGACCUCAUCUCCAGCAUUUCCAACAGAGCAAAGGUUGCUCCUCUGAAGAAUGUCACCAAAGAAAAGCUCAAGAAGGUCCCUGCUGAACCUUCAAGAACUGGAAGCAAGGUUGCUGUGAAGAAAAGAAAAGAAAGAAGUGUUUCUGACUCCGAAGACAAUGUCCUAAGUGAUUUCCCUGACAUCCCAUCAAAGAAGAAGAUUGCUGUCACAAAAUCCUCCACAAAGGUCCGUGAUGUUCCCUUGGACAACAUUUAUCUGCACUAUGCUUCAAAUGCUAUCCAGUGGAAGUUUGUUUAUCAAAGAAGGCUGGCUCUGGAAAGAGAACUUGCAAAUGAUGCUCUGGAAUGUCAAGAGGUCAUGAAGCUCAUCAAAUCUGCAGGUUUGCUUAAAACUGUUACUCAUUUUUCUAAAUGCUAUGAAAUGCUAGUGAAGGAGUUUAUAGUGAAUUUGUCUCAAGAUUGUGCUGAUGGGAAAGCUGAGGAUUUUCAUAAGGUGUAUGUUAGAAGAAAGUGUAUAGAGUUCUCCCCAACUGUUGUUAACCUCUAUCUAGGUAGGAAUGAUGAGGCUCAACCUGAGCUUGAAGUGACUGAUAAUGAGGUGUGCAAAGUGAUCACUGGUGGUAAGGUUAAGAAGUGGCCCAUAAAGAGUAAACUGUCUGCUAGUUCUCUUAAUGUCAGAUAUGCAUUGCUACACAAAAUUGGUGCUGCUAACUGGGUGCCUACCAAUCACACUUCUACCAUUGCUGUUGGCCUAGGAAGAUUCAUAUAUGCUGUGGGAACCAAGACAAAAUUUGACUAUGGGACUUAUAUAUUUGAUCAAACUAUGAGGCAUGUUGGUACCUCUGCUACCAAGCUUCCCAUUGCUUUUCCAUCCCUGAUAUGUGAGAUAAUUCUCAAGCAACACCCUGGAAUUCUGAAAGCUAAAGAUUCUGUAUGUAAGAGGGAGAGUGCUUUGUCUUUCCACUAUAAGCUGCUCAAAAGGUCAGAUGACAUGACAUCUGCUGGGACAUCACAACCCGGCAAGUCUGUGAACAAAACCUUUCUCAUUGCUGAGCUGAAAGAGACUUGUAAAGAGUUGGACAACAGGAAGAUGAAGCUUGAAAAGCUCAUUCAAAGUCUUGAGCAGUCUGCAGAGGAUGAUCAUGCUGGUGGUAGUGAUGGUGAUAAUAUGGAUGAAGACAAAAAUGCUGAUAGUGGUGAUGAGGAAGAGGCUGAGGAUGGUGAAGAUACUGAAGAUGCUGGGAGUAGUGAUGCUGAUGAAGAGAAUAGUGGCUCUAGUGAUGAAGAGGUUAGUGACUCUAGUGAUGAAGAGACUGAUGGUUCUGACAAUUAG